AUGAUGAUCAACAGAGGAGUAUUAGUACAAGAAGAAGAAGAAGAAGAGAAGUCAAUAGUAAAACAGCAAAACAAAGAGAGCAAUAAAAGCAUCAUGAAUAUGAAGAAUAAAGCCAAAGAAGAAGAAAACAAUUGUUCUAACGAUUCAUCAAAAGUGACCAAGGAGUUGCAGAGAAAAGAUUAUAUUCAUGUUCGUGCUUGGAGAGGCCAAGCCACUGAUAGCCACAACAUUGCAGAACGAGCUAGAAGAGAAAAGAUCAGUGAGAGAAUGAAGUAUCUUCAAGCUUUAGUUCCUGGAUGCGACAAGAUCACAAGCAAAGCAGGGACGCUUGAUGAGAUCAUUAACUAUAUUAUUGGUGUUCCUGGAGUUACAGAAGCUUUGUUUGAAGCUAGACAAGCUGCGAUUGCUCAGGAAAAGACCAAAUCGAAUCAAACACCUCUGUUAUACACUUGUGGCAUCUGUAACAAAUCUUACAGAAGCUCCAAAGCUCAUGAGCAGCAUCUCAAGUCAAAGGGCCACGUUCUGAAGGCUUCAAGCAACGAAGGAGAGGAGGAUAAAGCGAUCAUUAAGCAGCUUCCUCCUCCUCGCCGUGUCGAGAAGAAACAACUCAAGGGUUUGACUGAGGAAGAGAGUAAGGAUGAAUGGAUUGAGGUUGAUUCUGAUGAAGAUUUGGAGGAGGCUGAAGAGGAUAUGGAUGAGGAUGAUGAGGAGGAGGAUGAAGUUGAUGAUAUGGAUGAGGAUUUGGGUUGGAUCCGAGUUCAUAAGACGAUAGACAAGUGUAUGGUUCAUAUGCAUAAGUUCCAAGGCUUGUUCAUUCCUGAUAUUGAGUACUUGAAAGAUCCUAAAGGGUUUCUAACCUAUGUUGGUUUAAAGGUCAAGAGAGACUUGAUUUGUCUCCAGUGCAAUGAACUGUGCCAUCCGUUUAGCAGUUAG